UAUUAAAAGUGUUGCGUCUGCUUGGAAUUGAUUUGGUUUUCAAAUAGUUUUGCAUGAGAUCCGAAGCGAGAAUCCGAAAGCGAAGAGACGUGAGCUCAGAUUAUCUUAUGGAGAGAGAGAGAGGAAAGGUUUAUGUUCCAGGUCUACUGUGAGCUGACGGCGCUGUAAUAGUCAAUUCAGCUACAGACUUUAAUGCUCUAAAACCUGCAGCUGCUCCAGGAGGGAGCAGGAAGGGGGGUUCCCCUCAGGAGAGGUGACGCGACGCUCGGGGGAUUUCCGCGAAGCGCGGCGGGCCAAUCAGAGCAGAACACUAAACUUCACCUCUGCCUGCGUUGCUCAAGUCUUCGAGGCUCUUCUCCACCUCUGCAGUGCUCAGGCGUCGGGCUGGUGACUUAGACCGAAACCCACGCUGACAGGUUCCUGAUCGAGAGCAGAGGAGCGUUUCCUGGACUCAUCCGGGCUGAACCGGACUCGAGCGCGCAGACGGCCGACUUCAGGGUCUUCACCUUCCUCACAUGAGAUGAAAGAUAUGGACUUCUUCAAAGCCGAGGAGCCAACACCCAGUUCGGGGAUCAACGCGUUUUCGCACAUUUGUACUCCCAAUGGCGAACUCGAUCUAAUUUCAGAAAUCAUCAAUGGCUGCAACGAACAGCAGAACGGCUCCCUUCCUGCCCCACUUCCUCUUCCUCCUCCUCCAGACCGCUGCUGGAGGACGACGGAGGGUGAAGACGUCCUAAACCAGGACGGCUUCACCCUCCUGCAGAACCUCCAACCGGCGUCCAAACCCGUGCUGGUACCCAGAGGCACUGCACCUAAUCCCGCUCCACUGCGAGAGAUGGCAUCCGCUCAUCCUUCCCACAAACCCGUGGGCCCCACAGGAAGAGGUCGAGGCCCGUCCUGCUCGCUGACCCCCAAAGGCGGCGUUCCCUCCCAAAGCCUGCAGAGCAACGGCAACAUGCUGGAGCGGAUCCUGGAGAAGCCCAAGCUGGUGGUGGUGGAGGAGCCCAAGGACCGGGGAAUGAGGUUCCGCUACGAAUGCGAGGGUCGCUCGGCCGGUAGCAUCCUGGGGGCGUCCAGCACCGAUAACAACAAGACGCAGCCCACCAUAGAGAUUCAGGGUCCUAUUGACCACAUAAAGAAGGUGACAGUGACCGUUUCUUUGGUCACCAAAGACUAUCCCCACCGACCUCACCCGCACUGCCUUGUGGGUAAAGACUGUGUAGCUGGCUCAGGAAUCUGUGUGGUCUGCUUUAACCCUCAUACCGCCCGACGUCACAGCUUUGCUAAUCUCGGCAUCCAGUGUGUGAGAAGGAGAGAGCUGGACGUGUCGCUGCAGAAAAGGAGAAACCAAAAUAUCGACCCUUUUAAAACUGGUAACACUAAAGGGAUCGAGGACAUGGACAUGAACGCGGUGCGUUUGUGUUUCGAGUGCCUGCUCGAGUGGGACGACGGCAGGAAGGACUCGCUCUGCCCGGUCAUCUCCAAGCCGAUCUACGACAAGAAGGCCACGACCACGUCGGAGCUGAAGAUCUGCCAGCUGAACCUGAGCAAAGGGUCCUGCAGAGGCAAGACGGAGGUCUACAUGCUGUGUGACAAAGUGCAGAAAGACGACAUAGAGAUCCUCUUCAGGCAUGGCUCGUGGAAGGCGAACGGCGAGUUCGCUCAGACAGACGUCCACCGGCAGAUAGCCAUCGUGUUUAAGACGCCGCCCUACCAGGACCAAGACAUCACGGAGGAGGUCGAGGUCAACGUCUUGCUGCGCCGCGUCUCGGACCAGAUGGAGAGCGAACCCGUCUCCUUCAUGUACUUGCCGCACAAUCCCGAUCCGUACGAAGUGAAGCGAAAGAGAGCCACGAUUAAACGGGACAUUAGUGUGACAGAGCCAGCACCAUCUUCAAAGCAGACCUUCAACUUCCCCAUGGAGACACAAAACGUGAUGUCAUCGGAUGACAGCCACCUCGCCUUUCUGCCUUCUCCUGAAACGGGCAUGAUGGACCACGGCGCCCUGGACGAACAGACCAUGCUCGACUUCCUUCAGUUUUUGACCGAACAGAACUUGCCAGGCGACAUCGCCGCAGACGGCAACGCUUUCCCCUGUCUGAAUGUGAAUUUAAACGCAAACUACAACCACUUUCCGCCGGACUUUUCCCAGUUUAACGACAUCCAGUUUAAUAUGCUUGUCACUGACAGCCAGAUGGCGCAGUCAGAACAGCAGGACAGUGUCAUGCAGGUGAAAACAGAGGAAGAGCUAUGAGGUCGGGGCAGCACGCGUUUCUCCUCUCAAGUCGUUUCUGGAUCUCAGACUGGGAUUCAUUUCGGUACGGAUCAGAUGAGGUCAGAUCAGGUUCUCCGAAACCACCAGGAAGCAAGAUGCGUCGUUUCCUACAGCUGCUUGCACUGUGUAAUGUAGUUUUAAACUGAUUUUAGUUUCAACACAUGGGCUCUGUUUAUAUUUUAAAAAGCCCGCAUAUUUUAACUUUACAUUGAAGCCUUGCUGGACGAGGCUAGUAAAACCCAGAGCAUGUCAACAUACCUAAACCCUUCCUGCGAGUGCUGUAAGCAUUACUUUUAAGAAUUACGAGUCAAACUAUAGGAAUUCAAAGCUUGUCUUUUAAACCUGCGAGUCAUUCCAGAUUAUUUCCUUAGUAAAUUAUGUGUUAAAAAGCCCAUAUUUUUUGGGAAAAAACUUCCUGAUAAAUCUUGGAUCACGAGAUUUCACAUCAAGUCUUGGCAGCUCCUGUCACUGUUCUCUUUAGAUGUGGCCGCACUUGUUUAAUUAUUUACCUACAUGUAAUAGAAACCGCCCCUCCUUCUAUUCUUAGCCCUGCUUGUGUCAGUUCCCCUUCUGCCACAGUUUCGCUCCCGUGAGCCGAAUUCACCUUCUGUCACAUGUCCUACUCUGCCCCCUUGCUGUAGUGUAAAUAUGUGAAAUAAAAAUAAAAUAUAAGUGUGAUUC